CUUUUAGUCUUGCUCGGUUAUUGGUGCUGUGUGGUUGAGACGACGACAGGCGCUGCGAAGACCGACAGAAGAAGCGACGACGGCAGAAGCGACGACAACGACAACAACGACUACGAUUCCCAGUGUCUCAGCAUGAGCGUGUGUGCGAGAGUGUGUGCGGGUGUGCGUGUGUGAAUUAGCAGUGAAAAGGCUAAAUUAGGUGUGUGUGCAUAUGAUGGGGCAAAAACAAAACUAAAACAAAAACUAAAACGAAAACUAAACUGAAACACGUAAUAAGAACUCCGUGAGUGAAGCACUGCAUUAAGUAAAAAGAAAAACAAAAAAUAGAAAAGAAAAAAAAAAAAAACAAUCCCGAGUGGCAUUCACAUUCACGUGUUGUUGCUGGCUCGUCGUUUGACAAAUUAAAAUGCAUAAAUUAUGAAUGAAAGUACCGUUACGUGCGUGACAACUAAUAAUUUGUUAUUAUUCUAAACGCACGUGGCCAGCGCUCGAAACACUUCGCGUCAACUCUAACUUGGCAGACAAGGCCAACAGUGAACUGGGGAAGCGAACAGCCCCAACUACUCAAUAAGCCGAAACAAACAAAAAAUAUGCCAAUUGCCGGCAGCGGCUCAGAGGCAAAGCUGCCUUUUCAUUGCCAACAUCGGCGACUUCCUGGCCACAAAGCAUAAUAAGACGCAACAAUAACAGCAACAGCAAUAGGUGAAGAAGCAGCAACAACAACAACAACAACAGUCAGCAAGUGAGCAUUCGACUCUCAAAUUCUACGACUUUGGCUUUGAGCCCGUUGCCAUAUGCGAUUUUCCUGGAAAUGUGAAAAUUGUAAUUUUUUGACGAUGCUUCAAUUAAUUUAACCGCACGCAUUAGCAACAACAAAAACAACAGCAGCAGGGAAAACUGUAAUGAAAAAGGAAGCAAAGACAAACGCUGGCAAAUAACAGACGAACGCAAAUUGCUGAACAAACACUGGCAAGACGCAUGUAAAUGUAAAUGUAACUGUAGCUGUAACUGGGAAGGUGUAUUUGUGAGUGUGUGUCCAUGCCUCUGUCUGUGUGUGUGUAUGUGCAUAGAGCGCCUAAUAAGAAGAGCAAAUAGCAACGAGCGCGUGGAAAAUAAAAAUAAAUACCAAACGACAAAACGCAGGCCACAGCUAAGAGCAGCCAAAGGAAGUAAAGAAAGGGAGCAGCAGAAGGAGGAGCAGGAGCAGGAGCAGGAGCAGGACAUUGGAUCCUGGGCUGGGUGACGCGUUUCCUCGUUGGCGGUCAAGGGAAAUUUAUUGCAAUGCGCAAAUGAGACAACAACAACAACGACGACAGCAAAACUAAAACGCAAAGCAAACACCAGUAAAAGCAGUCAAAGAAGAAAAAGUGAAAGAAAAUAGAGAACAAAAAAAAAAAAACAUACACACACAUAUACACUAGCUGCGUGCCCCGAAUUGUGGCGAAAGAAAAAUAACCGAAAAAAAUUCCGCAACAAAUUGAAAAAUUAAAGUUUCACCAGCGCCAGCGUCAAGCAACAACCGACGAAAGAAGCAACUUGGCCAAAAGUGUUACAAACAGCCACCAAAAGAAGAGAAACCAAAAUAAGUACACUGCCAACAGCAGCAGAGAGGGAGCAGGAGAGAGAGCGGUAGAGGGAGGGGUAUACAGGGAGAGUGGAGCUACGGAACACAUUAAUGCAACAAAAUGGGUGCAACUUUGAAUAGACGACGACGUGGCCGUUGCCUGCAACUGAGCGCCGGCUGCUGGUCCGCCGCCUCCUGCUAUACAACGUGCAGCCCGCUGCUGCUGCUGCUUCCUCUGCUGGCACUGCUGAGUCCUGCGGUGGAUUGCCUAACCAUGACUGAGAUUCGUAUACCGAAGCACAUUAUGCGACAUGAGGACGCCGUUCUGGGCUGCAAGUUCGACCUGGAUGGGGAAUCGCUGUACUCGGUGAAGUGGUACAAGGAUGGGUUCGAGUUCUAUCGCUAUGUGCCGCGGGACAUGCCGCCCGGACAGGUCUUUCCGCUGCCCGGCGUCGAUGUGGAGUUGCAGAACUCGACGGACAUUGCUGUGGUGCUGCGCUCGGUCAGCCUACAGUCGACGGGCCGCUAUCGGUGCGAAGUGUCCGGCGAGGCGCCUUCGUUCCAGACAGUUUCCGGUCACGAGGACAUGAUUGUUGUGGUGACGCCCAAGCAUGGACCACAAAUCACUGGCGGUCAGCCCCGAUACCAAAUUGGCGAUGUGGUGCGCGUCAAUUGCACUUCGGCGCCGUCGAAGCCCGUGUGCCAUCUCAGUUGGCUGAUUAACGGCAUGCACGCGAACCGCUCGCUGUUGCGCCCGUACGAGCCGCUGGUGGUGGGGCGCGAGGGUCUCGAGGUGGCGCGCCUCGGCCUGGAGUUUCGUGUGCGCGGAUGACAUUUCAAGCACGGCGACAUGAAGUUGAAGUGUGUCGCCAAAAUCUCGUCCGUCUACUGGCAGAGCAACGAGGAGAGCGUCGAGAGCGAUAAGCAUCAGCGUAUACCUGUGCUGGAGUCCAGGGAGACGGUGCGGCAGCUGGACAAGUCACUGGAAGAGAAGCAGCUGAAGAAGAGUCGACGACCUGCGGCAGCCACCUCGGUCGCCGCUGCGGCCUCAUCGGCGACGCGUGUGUCCGUCUGGCUGGGCUGCUCCCGGAUAUUAGCGUUCAAAUCCAUUGCACGCAUUGCGCUGUACGCGCUGCCCGUCUUAAUAGCAUUCCUGUGUAAUGCCGCCGACGGCCUCGGCCGCGGCAGCAGUAACAAGAGCAGCUGCUGCCAACAUGACCGCCGCCUGUUGGUCCAAUUAAGCGUAUCCACGCCGUGCAGAUAACAAUUAACGAAGAUGUAUGACACCUGCCCGGGCCGGGCUGGCCGCGCAGCCCCGGCCAAACUCAUUAAAUCUGUGUAAAUAUUUCAACUACGCAAAUGCACAAAACAGAAAACAGACCCUACACACACACACACACACAAACGCACAUACACACACGCGCGCACAAAAUAAACACAUCAAGUAUACGCCGCGUUCGCCGUGCGGUAAAUCAAAUUUUGCAGCUGCUUAGCUACUGUACAUACAUAAAGGACAGUUAAACAUACAUAUACAUACGUACAUAUAUUUCGUAUGUAUAUAUACGUACAUAUAUUUCGAGAGAGUGUGAAAGCGAACUAGCUCUGGCAAUUCCUAGUUCCUUAGUGCCGGUAGAAAGAAAUUGCUCAACGUUGUUACGCAAAAAAUGAGUGGACAAAUUCUAUAAAAAAUAAAAAUAAUGAAAAAUAAUAUGUAUGUAUGCGACUACUUAAUUAGCCAAACCCGUAAAAGCCUAGACCUAAGCAUAAGCUAAGAAAAAAAAUCUGUUAAAGCAAAUCGGAGAAUAUAUAGCACAGAAUGUACUACAAAUAGAGUCUUCACGUUCGAUGCUUACGGCAAAUAAAAGUCAUAAAAAAUAAAGAAAACAUAAAUGAUAUUGUAUGGGUAGAGAUCGAAACGCAUAAUUGUUGUAACUAAUGUUAUGAUGCUAAGAGCUACAAAGCUGAAAUAGAGCAAAAAGCAAGUAAGAAUAAGUAACUCAAGAUUAAUAGGCAGCAUUCAAUAAAAUAUUUGAAAAACAAAAAUAUAUCAGAACAUAAUAAAAAUAAAAUAAAAGAAAGAUUUUUAGCUGCAAGUCGAGCAACUGUACAUUUCCACAGAGUAAGCUAAUUGAAAAGUAGGCAUUUAUAUUGUACAGUUAUUUUUCUCUUCUUCAAAGUAAUAUUUAAUGUUUCACACAAACACACACACGCAUACAUAUGAAAUACACAAACAUGUGCAUGUCUUGCAUGCAAAACUGUUAAAUGUUUAAGCUAAGGCAAAAUAUGCAAAAUAUUUAGCAAAAUAUGUUAAGAACUUGAUUAGGUUAAGUCUCUCAAGUGUUUAGCUGUGUAAAUUAUUAUGUAAUAAUGAAUGUUAUUAAGUCUUUAACAAAUAAAAUGCAUUGAAAAUC